AAUUCACCUUAAAAACCCUAAUUUUCUCACAAAAAAUAGUAAAUAAAAUAAAUGGAAAACGAACGCAGCGCAGUAACAACAAGCAGUCCAAGGUGGAACCCAACGAAAGAACAGAUAACGCUGCUUGAGAAUCUUUACAAGCAAGGGAUACGAACACCGAGCGCCGAUCAGAUACAGCAGAUCACCGGUAGGCUCCGUGCGUUCGGCCAUAUAGAGGGUAAAAACGUCUUUUACUGGUUCCAGAACCAUAAGGCUAGACAACGCCAAAAGCAGAAACAAGACCGCAUCGCUUCCUUCAGUCGUCUCCUGCACAAAACAUCCCGUUUCUUCCAACCUAUUCCUUGCUCAAACGUGGGCUGCGUUAGUCCGAACUAUUUACAUCAAGUAAGCGAUAAUCAACAUGGAAGCUCACACAGACAAGAUCUUCACAGUAACAAAGUGAUGCUCCCAAGUGGUGGCUACGAGAAACGCACAAUCACAGAUCAUAAGAAACAUGUUUCAGACAUAACGACAGCUAGAAUAUCAAUGUCUUCGAGUUCACUCAGAUUUGAUCGAUUUUCCCUUGGUGAUCACGGUUAUUUUGGCGAGGGCAUCAACGUCAAUACCAACGGACUGAAGACGCUUCCGCUUUUUCCACUUCAGCCUCUGGAUGCGAGUAAUGACGAUGUUGCUGGAAAUUCCAGUUUUUCCCCUUGUCAUGAUUCUCCGGUGACUUAUUGUGGCGAUGAUGGUGGACGAGGGCCGUCGUUUAUUGACUUCUUCUCUGGUGGUUCUAGUAGGUUCGAUAAUUUUGGAAACGGGCUGUAA